UAACGUUGUGCGUGAAUGCACAAAGAUGGCGGCCAAGCUUUACUAUGGAACAAAGAAGUCAAGCGAACACGGUUGGAUUGGACGACACAUACGAAGUACAGUGUAUUAUGCAGCGAACAUUUCGAAAGAUCAUGUUUCGAAGAGGGUCCCUUGCGAAUGGCAGAAAUGGGAAUCAGCACUCGUCGACUCGUGCUGAAGAAAGGUGCGAAGCCAACUAUUUUCGAUAGACCACGGACAAGUCCGGAGCACCCGACCCCCUCCACAAGCGGACAGACUGGGCACAUGAGGUCUGCAUUUGCCAAAAGGGAAAGGAAGAGGACAAUAGAUCAGAUCAUGGACAGUACGACUACGGCAUCAGUGGCGGAUGCGGUGGAUGAACCAAUGGCAAUGGCACUAGAUUUGCCUGAUGAGGAGGGCGAUCAAGAUCAGGGAAAUACAAGAGAACAAGGAUGCCAGACGGACUGGGUACCGAUUGGGACAGCACCAACAGCAAUGACCAGUAGCAAGAGCACCCAAACAGGGAAAAUACAUCAUAGAUCAAAGGGACACCAGGUGACCCCAGAGAUCCUCGAGAGGGUUAGAGCUCGGCCGGCCAGGGUUAGUGAAGUCCCAUUGUCAAGUGUAGCAGCUCCAUCUGACAGCCCCGAGAUGCAGACUAACAUAGCAGCUCCAGGUGUGUCUGGAAUGCAAGCCAAGCUACGACCACCUCCUGCAUUGUUUGAUGAAGGACCAGCAUCAAGUCCCACUGCGCCUUUUGUUGGUGGUUCUUCCGAUGACAGCUAUGUGCCGAGUGAGUCAACGACAUCGGAUCCGUGUCAAUCUGACGGGUCGCCAGAUCGCCCAUGUACUCACCAGAUGCAUGAAGAGGGCUGCCACAAGGAACCGAAGUACAUCAUCUUUGAGUCGUGCCUCCAGAGUCUCGUCAAGUGGUGUCACUGUCCAGUCUGUGGCAGCCAGGACAUAAGCCCUUCUUGGGAUUCGAACGGUACACAGCUGACCAUGACUCUUCAAUGUGCAUCAUGUGACCAGAGGAGUAGUUGGAGCAGCCAGCCAAACAUUGGCCCUUAUGCCGCGGGCAACAUCCUGCUGUCUGCUGGCAUCCUCUUCGCUGGGGCAUCUUCUGGCAAGGUGUUGCAAGUGCUGAACAGCAUCGGAGUGGUCACGUAUGUGAAGAGGACAUUUUUCAACCACCAGGAGCUCAUCCUGCAGCCAGCCAUCAAAAAGGUGUGGGAGGAACAGCAACGGACGCACCUCACCAUGCUGCAGGUGGAAGGCCGACCCCUCGUCCUUGGUGGUGAUGGGCGAGCAGACAGUCCGGGACACAGCGCCAAGUUCGGUACCUACACCACAAUGGAGCUUGUGGCCAAUGUGGUUCUCGACCUUCAGGUUGUACAGAGCAACGAAUGUCUUGGCAGCUACCAUAUGGAGAUGGAAGGACUGAAGAGGAUGGUGGAACUGCUGAUCAGCUGGGACCUGGAUGUCGGGGUGCUGGUGACAGACCGACACAGACAGAUCGCUAAAUGGAUUCGUGAAAACAUGCCCAAUACACGGCACUGCUAUGACAUCUGGCAUGUUGCAAAAUCCAUCGGAAAGAAACUGAAGGCCAUCGCCAAGCAUAAGGACUGUGAAGACCUGAAGCCCUGGGUGCAAAGUAUAAUCAACCACCUCUACUGGGCAGCAGUGUCUACACCGCCUGGAGAGGGGGAACUUCUGGUUGCCAAGUGGAAGUCUGUGGAGCGACACAUUCAGAACAUCCACAAGGACCAUGGCGACCUCUUCCCAAUUUGUACUCAUGGACAACUGCAACGGCAAAAGAAAUGGCUCAAACAAAGUUCACGCUCAGCAGUGAAACUGGAGGAGGUGGUCAACAACAAGUCCCUGCUAAAAGAUAUCGCCAUGCUGUCGGGUGAACACCAGACUUCCAAGGUGGAGGCGUUCCAUAGCCUUAUCAUACAGUUCGCACCGAAAAUGUAUGUCUUCUCAUACAUCGGAAUGCUGUGCAGGAACCUGCUUGCUGGGCUGCACUGGAACGAAAAUUCGAGCCGCCCUAUAGCCACUACACAAGCGGGUGCUGAGCGCUAUGCAGUACGCUACCCGAAGUAUAAAGCAGGGGGCCAUGUGGUCAAGAAAAUCGCGACAGAGCCAACAUACCGCUACGUAGAUGACUUGAUCAGGGAGGUUGUUGCUGGCUGCAGACAGACCCCGGACCAGAGAACACCACUCAGCGUCACUGUGGAUGUGCCUCCCUUCCUCUGCGAUGAACUGGAGAAGCCAGACAAGGAGGAAGCCAUCGCCAAGCACAGGAGUCGCUUCGGUAAGUGUGAAAUGCCCUCCCGGUAACAGUUAGAGAUGCUACCUCAGUAGAAGCAUUUAAGUCCCAUCUUAAAACUCAUUUGUAUACUCUAGCCUUUAAAUAGACCCCCUUUUUAGACCAGUUGAUCUGCCGUUUCUUUUCUUUUCUCCUCUGCCCCCCCCCCCCACGUGGAGGGGUUAUUCCGGUGACCAUGGAUAAAGUGCUGGCUGUCCAGAGUUGGGACCCGGGGUAUACCGCUCGCCUGUGCAUCGGUUGGGGACAUCUGCGCUGCUGACCCGUCUCCGCUCGGGGUGGCCUCCUGCUGGCUCCACUGGACCCUCACUAAUAUGUUAGACCCACUCGACAUCCAUUGCUUUCGGUCUCCCCUAGAGGGGGGGGGUUACCCACAUAUGCGGUCCUCUCCAAGGUUUCUCAUAGUCAUUCACAUCGACGUCCUACUGGGGUGAGUUUUCCUUGCCCGUGUGUGGGCUCUGUACCGAGGAUGUCGUUGUGGCUUGUGCGGCCCUUUGAGACAUUUGUGAUUUAGUGCUAUAUAAAUAAACAUUGAUUGAUUGAC